AUUACGUCGUUGAGCAGGGUGUGGAAUGGACGCGCUCACCUAGUAAUAUACAAAGAUGCGGUUACUGUUGGGCGUAUUACUCACUAUUGCAACAACUGCAGCCUAUGAAAGGAAUACGCAGAAAAAAACUUUGGGCACUUUAUACAGAUGGAAACAGAUCGAUUUUAAAUAUCCCACUGAACAGGAACGUCUAGCUGCGAUUGCGAAUGGGCUCUUCAAUCAGACUAAUGUGAUACCUCUUGGUAUCGAAAGAUGGAAAGGAAGAAUCUUUGUUAGUACUCCAAAAUGGAAAAGAGGCGUGCCAGCCACAUUAUCAGCGUUACCAAUAGCAGCGGUGGAGGAAUCUCCGCCGCUAGAACCUUAUCCUAACUGGCUAUGGCAUAACGCAGGUAACUGUACAGGGCUCACAUCAGUAUUUCGCAUGAGUGUAGAUCAUUGCGGUGUGAUGUGGGUAUUGGAUUCAGGUCAGGUUGAGGCCUUUGAGACACCGCGACAACUCUGCCCACCGUCAUUAUUCGCAAUCGACUUAGAAACGGAUACUGUUCUUGCAAGAUAUCCAAUACCAGAUGAAUUUGUUCUUCAGAAUUCAUUGAUUACCAAUAUCGUAGUAGAUUCUAGAGACGCGCGGUGUAGAGACCUCCACGUAUACAUUGCUGAUGCCUGGCGGUUUGGACUCAUAGUAUUUCGGCAAUCCGAUGCAAUGUUUUGGAGAUUCAGUCACUACACAUUCUACCCAGAACCUUUGCUCUCUAAUUAUACAUUGCAUGGAUUAAAUUAUCAAUGGUCCGAUGGAUUGUUUGGUAUGUCCUUAGGCAAGUUUCACCUUGGCGAACGACCUCUGUAUUAUCAUGCUAUGUCCAGUUCUUUAGAGUUUGUUGUAAAUACAUCUGUAAUACGAGAUCCUACUCGUGUUAACGACGCUGUGGCCGAGUUUAAACUUCUUGGUGAGAGUCGAGGGCCUAACGGCCAGGUGUCUGCAGCGGCGGUCGACCGCAACGGAGUUAUGUUCUACAAUCUGAUUUCAUACGACAGUAUUGGAUGUUGGAACACAUGUACCGAUUAUAAAAAUAAAAAUCGUGAUAUAGUGGCACAAAACACUAGAACGUUGGUCUUUCCGAAUGAUUUACGAAUAGAUCAUGAAGUACCGCAGUUUGUAUGGAUUAUAUCAAACAGACUACCGAUGUAUCAAUUUAAUUUAAUAGAUCCGAAUGAAUACAACUAUCGUGUUCUGUAUUUAGAUCCUGUUAAGGCCGUUGAAAAUACUGUUUGUCAAUAUAUAUGUUGAAGAAAUUAAAUGCCGACCUCAAGUUUUAACAGUGAAAAUUGUUGUAUUAUUGUAACUCCUUUUCUUCUUUAUUGACCCACAAAAGUCCACAGCAGAACGUGCACUUCUGCCAAUGUCACGCUUUGCAGUUAAAGUGAAAAUCGCAGUACCAGAGGCCUCACACCGCUGCACAUUGCUGGUCUGAGUCUUUGUAUCGGGUCUUUAUAUUACGGUUAUACCGCCAUCUAUCGAAAACCAUAAGAUUUUACUGGCAUUUAGUAACUUAUAGCCAAUUACUGAUUAAAAUCUAUUUAUUAAAAAAUAUUAAAAAAGUAAAACGUAAAAUUUAUUAUUCAUUUAAAACUUGCACUCGAUGAUGAUUUUGAAGUAGACUGACUUUGAGGUGUAUUCCUUGACUCCAUGUCGUGUUCGGUUCUAUUUCCAGACUUUAGUACAGAAUCCGAUGGUAAUCGACUUAUUAUAUCAUUAAUAAUAUUCUUAAAGCUUACGUUUGAGUUUGAUUCUGGUGUCAUUGUAAUAUUAAAUUCAGGCUUUUCGUUAUAUCUUACUUGAGUUUUAGGACGGCUCGAAUCCGUUUCUAAAAUGUUUGAAUUAUUCGGUGAAACAUAACUAGAUUCGCCGCUAGGUUUAAUGUUAUUAAUUUCGUUCAAAGAACUUUUUUCACCGUAAUAAGCAGUUUCAUCGUAUGAAUGGGAAAAGCUACCUUUCUUAUCAGCAAUUUCAUUCUCAGUUUCUUUAUCCACCAAUUCAUUCGACUCAGAUUUUCGUUGGAAAAUGUCAGAAGCUUUUUUCAUAAAGAUUUGCGGGUAAUCUGUUAAAUAAGAAGCUAAUUUUCCUUUACUACUUCCAACUAAUGGAGGUGGGUCUGUGUUCUCACUUGACAAAGCAUUGCAAUCUAAAUUCAUUAAGUUCUUUUCUGUCUUCGUUGAUAAAGAAUCAAAAAAUUUUGAAGAAUCUGUCCCGUCUUUUUUCAAAUAUGCCACUAUUCCUAAUGACAUCGUUGCAAACUGUUCAAGUAUGCGAUCUGUAUCACGUGGCAUUACCAAUUCAUUGUUUAGCCAGUCUUCAAAUGUGCCAGUAUCUGAUAUAGUUCUGUUGGAAGUGACCGACAUAGGUCGCAUAACAUCCGCUUCAUUCUUUACAUCUGCAUCGCUAUUGUCAGAAGGAACAACAUAAGCUGUUUCACCAAAUUUAAGACGCGUUGUUAAAUGAGGUUUGGUUAUGGAUUGUCUUUCUGCAUAUCUAGAAAGAAAAAUUUUAUAGAUAAUUUGUUAUAUUAUAUUAUAUAGUUGCACAUUUUUGUAGUUAUUUAUAUAACUUAAUAAAAGUACAGUCAGUACACUACAGACUUCAUAACAAACUACAUAAAUUAUUGGUUUUCGAAUCUAAAUAUACCAAAGCUCUCCU